AUGGUGUCUACUCUAUUCAACAUACCAAGCAGAGUUAUUCGAGACAAUCUCAACGAAAUGGAUCCAUUGAAAUUAUUUUCCCUGUCCCUUGAAUCUCUAGAAUCCUCAAGGGACAUAAAGUACUAUGGACCAAAAAACCUACUCCUGGAUAUCUGUUCAGAUGGAGAAGUUGGCCUAUUCGAGAUCACCGCAAAAGAUGGGACAUUUCCAAUUCACAUACUCCAAAAGAAAUCAGCCAACACUUUAGAAAUCAACACCUACAGUAUCCUGGAGGCUACUGUAGACAUUCAUUUCGACUCUAAAUUCGUGUCAGUUUUUUGUGACAAUUUGAGGAUUGGAAUGAGAGUGGUGUUGCUGCAUUUGAAGGAGAUUUUCGGAUGCAGAGUUGGGAUUUGCAAGUUGGAGAACUUUUGGAGAGAUUAUAAGGAUGUUGGGGACGAUUUGGGUUCGGAAGAGCUCAAUUUGGAAGGGAUUGAGGAGCCAAAAAUUGAAAAAAUCUGUGCAAAUAAGGUCUACAGUAUCCUUCCAUUCAAAAAGCCAAGCCGCCAAGGAGUUAACUUAGAAUCCAUUAAGAAGCUAGAGGAUCUUCUGAAUUAUCCAAGUAUCCAAAAAUCCAGAUUCCCACUUCUCCAACUUCCAGGCCUGGAUCUGGAGAACGUUUUCAAGGAAAUGGAAGUCAUGGAUUUAAUCUCCCUCUCCAUGACCUCCAAGAAAUUGCAACGACUGAUAAGCCAGACCUCUGCCUCGAUGGAUCCCAUUGCUCAUCUCGAAGUCUACGCCUAUGAGAAAGUGUCCCAUGUGGAAAUCCACACCUCCAACGACGUCAUAAAGAUUCACAGCCUUCAGAAGGACCCGAAAUCCCUUAAAGGAAUUUUUGAUGUGGAGGAUUACUGUAUCAAUGGAACCAAAGUUCCAACUCAUAUCGAUUCUAAAUUUAUGACAACCUUCUGGAGAGAUCAUAUCCAAGGAAUGGGGAUUAUUGUACAGUACCUAAUGGACCUUCUGGAUUGCAAGGUACAAAAAUUGGAUAUUGAAUAUAUGGAGGAGGAAAAGAAGUCCCUUUUGGUGGAUGUGAUAGCUGAUAAGCAAUCAGAAAUCGAGGAAUUGAUUGGAUCCAAUGAUAGAAGGCUGAGAAUCAAGAAGAGUUCGGCAAGGGCUUGUGAGGUGGGUAUCAAUAGAGCGAAUUUGCAAUUAAAGUUGGUUUUCAGGACUACUGUAACCAGUGCUGGAAAUGUGAUGCAAUGA